UGCCCACACCAUUAGUCUUGAAAGCUCCAUUGAAAGAAAAACCAAAACCUCCCCUUAAGCUGUGAGGAAGAAGAAAGUUGCAGUGGAAAUGGCACAUGGAGAUCCCCUCCCACCCCACGUUCUCAUCUUCCCUUUACCUCUUCAAGGCCCUGUGAACAACAUGUUCAAGUUAGCCGAGUUGCUCUGCCUCGCCGGCGUCAACAUCACCUUCCUCGUCACCGACCACAUCCACCGCCGCCUCUCCCGUUACGCCAACAUCCACUCGCGUUUCCGGCGCUACCCAGGCUUCAAGAUUGCGACCAUCGCCGACGGCUUGCCCGCCGACCAUCCGCGCGACGGCAACCAGUUCAUCGAGAUCUUUGACUCCCUCAAGUCGCCGGAGACCAAGGCGGUGUUAAGGGACGUGCUUUGCGGCGACGGCGGGAAACAAGGCCCCCUCACUUGCGUCAUAGCUGAUGGAAUCUUGGGAUUCGCAUUCGAUGUUGCUAAUGAUGUCGGGAUUCCUGUUAUCUCUACUCGUACUGUUAGCCCUGCUUGUCUUUGGAUCUUCUUUUGCCUCCCUAAACUCAUUCAAUCUCAAGAAAUCCCCUUCCCAGGGAACGAUCUGGAUGAGCUCAUAAAGAACGUUCCAGGAACGGAGACUUUUCUCCGGCGGCGCGACUUGCCGGGAUUCUGCCGGUCCGGCGACAUUUCCGAUCCAAACGUGAAGUUGUACGAAACGGAGGGACAAAUUAAUUCACGUGCACGUGGUCUAAUUCUCAACACGUUUGAAGAGCUAGAUGGGUCCAUACUUAGCCAAAUUCGAACACUUUGUCCAAAUCUUUACCCAAUCGGACCACUCCACGCCCACCUGAAAACCAAGCUACUCGCCGGGGAAACGGCGGCGACGGCGUCGCCGCCGGCGUCAAGUAGCUUGUGGCAAGAGGACAGGAGUUGCAUUGGUUGGCUAGAUAACCAGCCAUUGAGAUCUGUGAUAUAUGUUAGCUUUGGGAGCAUUGCAACGCUGACUAAGGAACAGCUAAUGGAGUUUUGGUAUGGGUUGGUGAAUAGUGGGCAAAAAUUCUUGUGGGUCAUCCGGCGGGAUUCCGUCGCGGGAAAAGACUGGAAGAGUCAGGCUCCGACAGAGUUAACCCAGGGCACACAGGAGAGAGGGUACAUAGUGGGAUGGGCUCCGCAAGAGGAAGUAUUGGCUCAUUUAGCGGUGGGUGGAUUCUUAACCCACAACGGAUGGAAUUCGACCCUCGAGAGUGUGUACGAGGGUGUUCCUAUGAUCUGUUGGCCAUACUUUUUGGACCAACAAGUGAAUAGUAGGUUUGUUGAAGCGGUUUAUAGAUUAGGGUUGGACAUGAAAGAUACAUGUGAUAGAGUGACGAUUGAGAGGAUAGUUAGAGAGUUGAUGGAAAUGAGGAAAGAUGAGUUCUUGCAAGAGGCUAAGAAAAUGGGAGAAUUGGCCAAGAGAAGCAUCCUUGAGGGUGGUUCAUCUUAUACUAGUUUUGAGCGUUUGGUAAGUGAUAUAAAAACAUGGAGUUCUAGGAGUCUUCGUUGUGAUAAUUGAUCACAUCCUUGCUAAACAAAUGGUGGAGGAGAUAAAUUGUGAUGACUCAACAAUCUUUUCUGUUGAAAUAUCAUUUGGAAAAAGUUCAUUAAGAUACUAUAUUAAAGAUUAUGAAUUAUAUUAUCAUUAUGGAUUUAAUUGUUUUCAUAUACCCUAAAUUGGAUUGUAUAUCUAACGAGUUCAAAAUAUUCUAUGUAUUAAUCAUAGUUUUGUUCUUAUAAA